ACUAGUUUUUACAGUGUAGUUUUUAACAUGAAAGCAAAAACAUAAUGUAAAAUACCAGGGUAUAUGUCAAUUGAAACAAACUGAGCCGAACUGAGAGUGUUUUUUUGUUUUGUUGUUUUGUGUUGUAUUAUUUUUUAACUACACUUUAGACUUUUACAUCCCUUUUUUUCUUUUGAAAUUGGGCUUUUACAUUUCUAAAAAGUGAACAUUAUAUUCAUUCUGCAGAUAUCCCAUUCAGCUCUAAGCAGUUGUUUAACCAUCCAUAAUGUUUUAAAGUCAAAAUGAGGAAUGUUUUGAUGAGUCGUCACGCAGGUUGUGCAGGAACUGGCUGGAUGGCAUUCUCUUCAUAACUGUCACCCUUCCCAGUCUAACACAGCUUGAGGGCUCCGUGUGCGAAAUGUUUUCUUACUAGAAGAGACGAAGUAAGCAUAAACGCUUCAUGUUGCUUCGUCAAAUCUAAUGGAUGAAUCCAGUGCUUAGGCAGAAGCCGAGGGAUUUUUCUCCGUCCAAUUUUGGCUGACGCUCUUCUUUUUUUCUUUGAUCAGCUGGUCAAUGCAAGGUGGCACUUAUUGGUCACCCUUGGUCAACCAUCAGGCCAGUCCCAGCUGACCAAUGGAGGAAAGAACAGACACCCCAAUAGCUGUAAAGGUGGAGGGGCAUUCUCGCAGUGUCAUUCUGACUUAUUUUCAGGGGGACAUUAACAGCAUGGUGGAUGCUCACUUCACCCGUGCUCUUAGCAAAGCCUGCAAAUCUAAAGAACCAUCUGUAAAGACGAAGAAAAUGUAUAAAACUAAUAAAAAGGAUGACACAAACACCUCUCAGGGUGGGGCAGCAGUUUCUUACCCCCAGUCCCAGGUAACCUCUGCAUCAGGACGUAUGCUGACCCUCACCUCCGCCGACAACAGCUCCUGGCCACCGCUCGGUGCCAGAGCAGGAGAGGCUCCAGGGCUGUCCAGCAUCAUGUGUUCCUUGUCCUCAGAGGGGCUGAGUCUCACUGGGCAGCAAUAUGCCACUUCCCUACUCAACCUGCUGCACAGCGACCGCGUUGAGAUGGGACCCAGCAUGGCCUCCAGCUCCAAGCCUGACACGCAUUCCCGAUGGACGCUUCAGCCGGCGUUCAGAGAGUCUGUGGAUCCUUCUUUAAACUUUGAUCCUGGGCGGCAUGUGGACAAGAAGGACUUGUAUUGGUACUGAAGAGAAAAUGGCCAAGACAGCUUACACGAAAGACUCUUCAUUUACUCAACUUUUUGUAUGAUCUUUUCAGAGUUUUUUCUCAUCAACCAGGCCUCAGAGAAAAGUGUUUCCAUUUUCGGCCUUGUGCUUUCACUUCCUAGUAAAAAUGGCAUUCAUUAGUCAGCAUGCACUGACAACUGAAACAACUUUGAAAGAGACACUUGUUGAAAAGCCAGUUCUUCAACUCCGUCAUUCCUCCGGUGAACUUCAAAGAAGUGCAUCUGUCCGCACGCCAUUUAGAGUGAAGGGUACGAUAAUUUCCAAAAUUCACCUUAGUCUCUGUGAGGACUCGUUAUGUGUUCACUUCACACAAUGGGAGGGAUGGCAAUCAUUUACUCAAUUUGCAGAAAAAAAGGAGCUAUUUUAUGGCAAGAGUAUACGUUAGUAAAUACAUACAUAGGGGAAAGGGGGAAAGAAAAGCUUAAGCAUUUAUACAACUACAAUGUAAAAUGCCUCUAAAGUGUUUGUGAUGUGAUAAACUGCAGACAGCAACUCAUGUAAUGUGACCAAUACUGCCUCCCCAUGGCACGUUUGAAAAAACAACGCCCAUGAUGUAGCUAAUGUUGUUAUUUUUUAUGUAAAGGUAAGCAUGCUGAAGCAGAAGGUUCUGGGUUCAAACAUGCUUUCACUGGGUGUUUAAAUGCUCUUCCUGUGCCUGUGUGGGUAUUGAAUGGGCUCAGCUUUCUUUCAUAGUCCAGAAAUGAUAUGUGAAGGUGAUUGUAAGUAGUCUGUGUGGUGUGGGCUCUGUUAGUUCAAAUAUGGCAAAUACUUAACUGCAUUUAAAAAAAAAUACUCUUCAGUGAAUUAUCAUGUACCAUAUUGCAUUUGGAAGGAUUACCUUGUAUGAUUAACUGUGAAUGGUUAAAAACUGCCAAGUUACAAUACCUUUAAGAUCAAGUAGCUGUUAGUUUUGAGAAAUGAAGGAUAUUCAGUUGCUAAUACUCACAUUCUUUAUCUGAAGUAGCUCAAAUGUGUAAAUCUGUAUGUAUUGAUUGUGGAAAAAAAUGUAUAGCAUAGGUAUUAUCUGGCACAUUAGUUAUUUGUAUCCAAAUGUGUUUAAUGGUAAAUAAAUUAAUUAAAUAUU